AUAAACAAUUCUGCUUCUGUUAAUAUGAGUGAUCCUAUAAAUAGUCACAAUAAGACUGCUAAUAUGAAUGAUUCAACAGAUAAUUAUAAUGAACUUACUAACAUAGAUAACUCUUUGAAAAAUCACAAUAUUGAUAACUAUAAUAUUGAUGAUAUAUUAAUCUCUAAUAAUUAUACUUCAACAUCUUUUGUAUUGGUAUCAUCUGUUACCAACUUUGAUACUGGCUUGACCAAUAGUACACCUACUAAUGCCAUUAGCCAAACUAAUAGUGAAACUUCCAGUCAAACCACAUCAUCAAAGUAUACAUCUCAUGUAUAUAAUAGUUUUUCUAUAGUACAUGAUAAACAAAAAGCUAAAUGCAAAUACUGUAAUAAGUUGUUAAGUCAUAAAAAGGGAAGUGAAACAUCACAUUUUCGACGUUAUCUAGAUUCUUGCCAUAAAUAUCAAAGGUCAUUAUUUAAUGAUAGUGGAUCAGAUCCAAAUUUACCAAAUGGCCAAACUCAAUUAAGAUUUGAUACUCAAACAAGAAAAAGGCUAUAUUCGAAAGAUUCAACCAGAAAAGACAUAACUGAUAUAGUAGUUUUAGAUGAGUUAAGCUUCCAGUUUGUAGAAGGUAUUAGUGCUGAUACAACAAAGCAAGAUGUCAUAAAAGCUUAUAGUAAAAGAAAAACAUUAAUUAAAGAAAUCCUUCAGAAUGCUGAAGGUAGAAUUUCUCUUAUAUGUGAUACUUGGACAUCACUUCAGCAACUUGGAUACUUAGCAGUUACUGCAUAUUUUUUUAACAAAGAAUGA